CACCUGACACUUCCGGCAGUUUGACAGUUCCUGUUGUGUUGUUGUAAAUGUCACUCGUCUAAUUAAAUUUGUGUACAAUAUUAUUUUUACGUUUUAAAAUUACCGUAAAAUGGUCCGCAGCGCCGUCUCCGACGACCGCCUCUUAUCCUACCUUCACACCAUUGCCAAACAAAACCCCUACACCGUAGGACUAAUUUUAGGUCAGUCAUCGUCUGGAAAAGACUACGUCAUACACUUCGCCAAAACACCCCCUAUUCAGUCUCAGGAUGCCAAAGACCCACCUCGUUUGACAGCAAUCAACGACAUCGACGAGGAAUGGGUGGCGGACCAUGCCCGGCAAGCCACCCGUACCCUCCCUGGCGGAAUGUACGUCCUGGGCAUAUUUAUCGUGUCGCUUGAGGACGCCCUGAACCCGUUUUCGCCCAAAAUCAAAGGGAUCUUGAACUGUGUUCACAAGCACCUGGAGUCCCAGAAAUACCUAUUUGGCAACACUGCCAGUAAUGAAAAGCUCGUUUUAAAUUAUUGUUUGACGACACAACAGGUCACGUGUAAAAGUUUUGAAGUGGGGGUGGGGUCUGUGAAGCCUGCGGAAUUCAAAUUUUUAGCGAGUCCUAUUCGGUGGGCACAAAUUCAUUGUAAGUACCAGAUGGAUCAUGUUUAUCAUAUUAGUGACAAUGAGAGUGACUGGCCGCUAAAGAAACACAUAGGGAUAAUAUUGGAUAUAAUGAAUAAAAAUUUAAAAUCGUCCAUAUAUUUGUUUGACGGGGAGUUAAAAGACGCCGACGAGAGUGUUGAAAGUAUAGGUAAAAAGAAAAUUUCAAGAAAUAGUAAACUGAGUGGUCAUGAUGAUAAUUUUAAACCCAUACACGUUUGUAUUUUGCAACCAUGUGAAAGUGGCGAUUUAAACUCUUUUGAAAUAAGUGACUCUGGUAAUCAAAUUCGUAUUUUUGGAAAUGUGGUGUCAAAACUGUGGCUGAAUCCAAAACUUUCUAUCAGUGGAGCGUCAGAAUCCGUCAUGCAAGAUAUCCUGAGAAGUAUGUCCACGAGAUUGGAGAUGCACUGGGAUUCACUGACUGAAGAAGAGCACGGAGAAGACAUGAAUAGUGUCCACGAGCCCCCACGUCGCGUUCUGAUAAAUUUACCAAAUAGCAAUAUUGCCAUUUCUGAUUACCUUUUUCCCGGAGAAGGUCCCCAUGAUGCUAAAAUUUCUCUGGAAGAAAUGCUAGACAUUAAAAUUAAUAGUGAGAAGGAUGUGGUGGAUGCAGAGGGUCAAGCUGAUUUGUCAGACUAUUACAAUGAAGCUGCGGAAACCGAGAGCGAAGAAAUGAUUCCCAAGAAAACGCUAGAAACCACUCCAUCCUUGUACUACAUUGGUGCAGUGCUCGCCUUAUUCGUACUGAUUUUAUCGCUGGGGCUACAUUUUAUCCAAGGGAAUUAACUGGUUAUAUAUUUUAUUUGUUACGUGUCGCAUUUAUAUUUUGUAUUUAAUAAAAUUUUAACCUUUGAA